GGAUUGAACGCUGCGACACCGGUUUCCGGCGGAAGUUGCUUGUGCACGUCCGUAGCUGCCUCGCGUCUGUGUGGACGCCGUCAGUUGUUUGGUUUAGUUUGUUGUCGGUGGAACUCUUCCACUUUCUCGUGUCUGUGGAGGAACAGCGGCAGAACCGACCGCAGACAUGCCGCGCAUCAUGAUUAAAGGAGGAGUGUGGCGCAACACCGAGGAUGAGAUCCUCAAGGCGGCGGUGAUGAAAUAUGGGAAAAACCAGUGGUCUCGUAUCGCUUCCCUGCUGCACCGCAAGUCCGCCAAACAGUGUAAAGCCAGAUGGUACGAGUGGCUGGACCCCAGCAUUAAGAAAACAGAAUGGUCCAGAGAAGAGGAGGAGAAACUGCUUCAUUUGGCAAAACUGAUGCCAACUCAGUGGAGGACCAUCGCUCCCAUCAUAGGACGCACUGCCGCCCAGUGUCUGGAGCACUAUGAAUACCUGCUAGACAAGGCAGCACAAAGGGACAAUGAGGAGGAAGUGGGAGACGACCCCAGGAAGUUAAAACCAGGGGAGAUCGACCCCAACCCUGAAACCAAACCUGCCAGACCUGACCCUGUGGAUAUGGACGAAGAUGAGUUGGAGAUGCUGUCAGAGGCCAGGGCUCGACUCGCCAACACCCAAGGCAAGAAAGCCAAGAGGAAGGCCAGAGAGAAACAGCUGGAGGAAGCCAGACGGUUGGCCGCUCUGCAGAAGCGUAGGGAGCUGAGAGCAGCAGGAAUCGAUAUUCAGAAGAAGAGGAAGAAGAAGAGAGGAGUGGACUACAAUGCUGAAAUUCCCUUUGAAAAGAAACCUGCACAGGGUUUCUAUGACACCAGCAUGGAGGAGUACAAUGCUCAGGAGCCAAACUUCAAACGACUCAGACAACAGCACUUGGACGGAGAACUCCAUCCUGUGGUGAAGCGUCGGCCGGCACCAUCGCCCCUGGACGACCAGGACGUGCGGUCCCUCCAGCAGCACAGCACAGCGCCCCCCAGAGGCCUGGUACAGACUGACAGCCCUAACUUCCUCUGCAGCAGCGUCCCGCAGCACUGGAGGUGCAACAAGACCCUGCCAAGAACCUUCACUGUGGUUGCCCUGGGCAACGACGUGCCAGAUGGCGUGGUUGUCACGGUAAUGGCCGGCAACGAAGACAACAGCAGCGCUGAGCUACGCAACGCCACGGCAACCAUGAAGCAAGGCUGUGCCCAGUUCAACGACCUCCGCUUCAUAGGCCGCAGCGGGAGAGGUAAGAGUUUCAACCUCUCCAUCAACGUGCUGACGUCGCCCCCCCAGAUCGCCACCCUGCACAGAGCCAUCAAGGUCACUGUGGAUGGACCGCGACUGCCGAGACGUCAGAGACAGAAGGAGGUGAGGUCCGGGGCGUUCAGGUCUUCUCACAGCAGCACAGCUCCCUCAGCUGACUGCAGAUCCUUCUCCUCCGCUCUGUGGACCAAUGAGCCGUCGUUCUUGGGCCACAUGACCUCUCUGACCUCCUCCUUUAACCCAAGUCCCAGAAUGCACCCCCUCCCUGGCCUCCACUUCUCCAGCCAGCCUCCUCCGUACAGCUCCUACCUGUCCUCUCCUCCUCCGCCUCCCCCCCCCCAGCUCAGCCACAGUGGCGCAUUCCAGCCCGGAGGUUUCUGCUACGGGCCGAACCAUCCUCUGCCAACCGCGGGGGAGGACAGGAACGUGGUCGCAGCACUGACCAAUCACAUCGAAGGGGCGUGUCUUUCAAUUAGAGGAGAUGAGCCUGUGUGGAGACCUUAUUGAUGAUUGGAUGUGUCUUUUUGACCAAUCAAUCAAUCAAUCAAUUAAAUUUCCACUUUAGUUUUUUCUGCGUAACGUCUGCGUACUGCAGUGAUUCUGAUGUUCUCAUGUACUGGACUGUACAUUUAUUUAUUUAUUUAUUGUUUUUGUAUAUAAACCU